CGCCAUGUUCAGUGAGCGAACCCCCACCAUCCACCAUCAGCCAUCCGCCAUCAACCACGACACUCGACCACGACCCGGAACGACGCGACGACACCUCCACGACCGAUUGCCAGCGAUACCCCCGAACCCCAGAGACAUCGAAACAACACCGCCAACAUGUUUAAGAAGGACAUCACCUCGGCGCCGAAGCAGAAGCUCAAGUCCUCAGUCCAGCGCUCCCUCCGCAACUCGCUGCUGGCCUCCUACCCGCUCCUGAACCCCCACAUCGACGAGGUCAUGCCCAAGAAGGCCUCGCUCGAGCAGAUGAAGCUGCCCGACCGCUGCUCCCUCUACGUCUGCGAGCAGCAGCCCCUCUUCUUCCAGCAGGACAGCGCCACCCUCCUGCCCCACCUCAAGCUCGUCCACCGCUUCCCCCAGGCCUUCCCCACCAUCCGCAUCGACCGCGGCGCCAUCCGCUUCGUCCUGUCCGGCGCCACCCUCAUGGCCCCGGGCCUGACGAGCGCCGGCGGUAGGCUGCCCGAGCCCCGGGACGGAGACGAGGGCGUCGACGACGAAGGCCACUGGAGCCGCGAGCUGGAGAAGGGCGAGCCCGUCGUCAUCAUGGCCGAGGGCAAGACCGAGGCUUGCGCCGUCGGGCUGCUGGUUGCCGGCACCAAGGAGGUCAAGGACAAGGGCAAGGGCCCCGUCGUCGAGGAGGCGCACUUCCUGGGCGACGGCCUCUGGAGGCUCGGCUCGGAUUAGAGAGAGGAGGGAUGUGGUGGUUACGAGUGACGGGUCUCCCGAUUGCCAGGCCCACGAGCGACGGUAUCCGAGCGACGGCACACGAGAGUGACAGUAUACGAACGGGACGACUUUGCAUAUGCGGCGGUUGGGUAGUGGACUUGGAUAUGGGCGACGUGACGCACGGCAGCACGGCGUCAUUGGGUCGGUUCAUCGGUUGGAAAGGGGGCGGGUGUACUGAGAGACGACAGGCAAGGAAAUGAAGCAGCAUACAUGAUACCAUACAUUCCGUCUCUGGACUUGGCGGUCCAGGGUUUUCAUUUCUUGGGCUCGCCCUGAAUUGGUCCUCUGUGCCCCAGUAGUAGUAGAAGACCGAACAGUGAGAAUCAAGGCUCCAGCAUGCGUAGUCAGAGCCUCGGGUCCAACUUUUUCCCUGCUUCUUCGAGUUCAAGCAACCCUCCUGCAACAAAAGCUCCACGUGACUCGAACAUCAAGACUUUAGA